ACACACACACACACACAGAGAGAGAGAGAGAGAGAGAGAGAGAGAGAGAGACAACAGUGCUGGGAAGGGGACACGCGAGUCACCUCUUCAGUCUAUCUAGAGCGGGAUAUUUGCCUUCAAGAGUGGAUUAAAAGGGAUAUUUUAGUCAAGAACUGAGGGGGUGUUGUCCAAAAUGGAGGUGAAGACAUCACUUCUCGACAAUAUGAUAGGGGUGGGCGAUAUGGUCCUUAUUGAGCCCCUAUCAGAAGACACCUUCAUUGAGAAUCUAAAGAAGCGAUUCGAUCACAACGAGAUCUAUACAUACAUUGGCAGUGUGGUGAUCUCCAUGAACCCUUACAAGUCCCUGCCAAUCUACACCGCAGAAAAGGUGGAGGAGUAUCGCAACAGGAACUUCUACGAGCUCAGUCCACACAUUUAUGCUCUGGCAGAUGAGGCCUACCGGUCCCUGCGGGAACAAGAUAAAGACCAGUGCAUUCUCAUCACUGGAGAGAGCGGGGCAGGAAAGACGGAGGCCAGUAAGUUUGUGAUGUCGUAUGUGGCGGCAGUGUGUGGGAAGGGCCAGGAGGUGAACGAAGUGAAGGAGCAGCUGCUUCAGUCCAAUCCCGUGCUUGAGGCUUUUGGGAACGCCAAAACCGUGAGGAAUGACAACUCGUCUCGAUUUGGGAAGUACAUGGAUAUAGAGUUUGACUUCAAAGGAGACCCCCUUGGUGGAGUCAUCAGUAAUUAUCUCUUGGAGAAAUCUCGUGUGGUAAAGCAGCCCAGGGGUGAGAGAAAUUUCCACAUUUUCUACCAGCUGCUUUCUGGAGCAUCAGAUGACACGCUCAAAAAGCUGAAGCUGGACAGAGACUUCAGUAAAUACAACUACCUUAGCCUGGAUUCAGCAACGGUCAAUGGACUGGACGAUGCUGCCAGUUUCAGAACAGUCAGAAAUGCCAUGCAAAUUGUGGGCUUCAUGGAGGAUGAGGUUCAGUCAAUAUUGGAGCUGGUGGCUGCUGUUCUCAAACUGGGAAAUAUCGAGUUUAAACCAGAGUCUCGUUGCAACGGCUACGAUGAGAGUCGAGUCAAGGACAAGAACGACCUGAAGGAGAUGUGUGAGCUGCUGGGCAUUGAGCAGUCUGUGCUGGAGAGAGCAUUCAGCUACCGGACCGUGGAGGCCAAGAUGGAGAAGAUGUCCACCACGCUCAACGUGGCUCAGGCCUAUUAUGCUCGUGAUGCUCUUGCCAAAAACCUUUACAGCCGACUGUUCAGCUGGCUGGUGAACCGAAUCAAUGAAAGCAUCAAGGCUCAAACCAAAACGCGCAAGAAAGUUAUGGGAGUCCUGGAUAUUUACGGUUUUGAAAUCUUUGAGGACAACAGUUUUGAACAGUUCAUCAUCAACUACUGCAAUGAGAAGCUCCAGCAAAUCUUCAUCGAGCUUACUCUCCGCGAGGAGCAGGAGGAGUAUGUCCGUGAGGGUAUUGAGUGGACCAACAUUGCGUAUUUCAACAACGCCAUCAUAUGUGACCUCAUUGAGAAUAACAAGAAUGGGAUUUUGGCCAUGUUGGAUGAGGAGUGUUUAAGGCCUGGCACAGUGACAGAUGAGACUUUCUUGGACAAGUUGAACACAGUGUGUGCUGAACACCAGCACUUUGAGAGCAGACAGAGCAAAAACUCCAAGUUCCUCACAGACCACAGCCUACCACACAACUGCUUCCGCAUCCAGCACUACGCUGGCAAGGUGCUGUAUCGGGUGGAGGGAUUCGUGGACAAAAACAAUGACCUCCUCUACAGAGAUCUAUCCCAGGCCAUGUACAAAGCCAAACACAGCCUGAUAAAGGGUCUCUUUCCUGAGGGUAACCCAGCUAAAGUGAACCUCAAGCGGCCCCCAACAGCUGGAUUCCAGUUCAGAGCCUCAGUGGGAACGCUCAUGAAGAACUUGCUGACCAAGAACCCCAACUAUAUCAGGUGCAUCAAACCCAAUGACAAGAAAGCAGCCCACAUUUUUACAGACUCACUAGUGUGUCACCAGGUGCGCUACCUGGGUCUGAUGGAGAAUGUGCGUGUACGAAGGGCUGGUUAUGCUUUCCGCCAGGCAUACGAGCCCUGUCUGGAACGCUACAAGAUGCUCUGUAAGCAGACCUGGCCCCACUGGAAGGGCCCAGCCAGGAAGGGUGUUGAGGUUCUCCUGACAGAUCUGCAGGUUCCUGCUGAGGAGUUUGCCUAUGGACGUUCAAAGAUCUUCAUCAGAAACCCAAGAAUGCUCUUCUCCUUGGAAGAGAAGAGAAGGCAGUGCCUACAGAAUUUGGCAACGCUCAUCCAGAAGAUCUACCGUGGCUGGAAGUGCCGCACUCACUUUCUCUUGAUGAAGAAGAGCCAGGUGGUGGUGGCCGCCUGGUACCGAAGAUUUGCGCAACAAAAGAAGUACCAGAACAUCAGGUCCUCUGCCUUAGUGUUUCAGUCAUUCAUCCGAGGAUGGAAGGCCCGGAAGCUUCUGCGUGAGCUGAAACACAAGAAGCGGUGCGAAAAGGCCGUCUCAACUAUUUCAGCAUACUGGCAUGGAACUCAGGCUCGCUGGGAACUGCGGCGUCUUAAGGAGGAGGCACAGAAUAAACACGCCGUGUCUGUCAUUUGGGCAGCUUGGCUUGGAACUAAGGCUCGGAAAGAACUGCGGCGCUUAAAACAUGAAGCUCGCAGUAAACAGGCCGUGUCUGUCAUAUGGGCCUGCUGGCAAGGAACUAAGGCACGUAGAGAACUGAAACGCUUGAAGGAGGAAGCCAGGCGUAAGCACUCGGUCGCUGUCAUUUGGGCCUACUGGUUGGGACUAAAGGUCCGACGGGAAUACAGGAAGUUCUUCAGAGCUAAUGCUGGCAAGAAAAUCUAUGCCUUCACCAUCCAGAGAAUUAUGCAGAAGUACUUCCUGGGCUUGAAGAAGACGAUGCCUUCCAUGUCACCAGUUGAUAAGAGCUGGCCAGCUCGCCCCUACGGUUUCCUGGACAGGACACAUCAAGAGCUCAGGAGAAUUUUCCAUCUGUGGAGGUGUAAGAAAUACCGCAGCCAGUUCACAGAAGAGAAGAAGGCUACCUACAAGGAGAAGCUUGCGGCUAGUGAGCUCUUUAAAGAUAAGAAGGCCUUGUAUCCUAGCAGUGUGGGGCAACCUUUCAAAGGAGACUAUGUGGAGAUAACAAAAAACCCAAAGUACCAGAAGCUGAACAGCUUUGUUGAGGAUAAAGUUCUGCUUGCAGAUAUGGUCAGCAAAAUCAACCGUGCCAAUGGCAAGGGAGCUCCAAGAGUUUUCCUCCUGACCAAGAAGAGCUUGUUUCUAGCUGAUCUGAAGACGGGCCAGGUGAAAGCCAGCGUUCCCCUACCGGACCUCAGCAGUGUUUCUGUGAGCACACAGAAUGAUGGCUUUUUCGCCCUCAAGCUCAAAGAGGGUUCUACGUCUGCAGCCAAAGGGGACUUCUUGCUGAGCAGUGAUCGACUGAUUGAGAUUAUCACCAAACUUCAUUGCAUUGGUGCUACUUCAGCUGACAAAAACCAGAUCAAAAUCGAUAUUUCAGAUGAGUUCUUAGUGCAGUUCAAGCAGGACAAAGUGUGUGUAAAAUUCAUCCAGGGUACACCAAAGAAUGGCAACGGUGUCGCCUGCAAGCGUAAAAACAACCGUCUUCUGGAAGUGUCCGUUCCAUCACCGUAAGGAGCGGAUCAGCUCGGCCUACUGAGUGGUGUCAUCUCUGAGAUUCUUUACCCUCCCUCACCCUUGCAACAAUUGUGCAAUUACAUUGAUCCUGUCAUUGUCAUUUUUGAUUCUAUAUAGUCAAAGCAGCAGUUUUUUUGGCACCUAAAUAAUUUAGUGCCUACCUGUUUUUAACAGUGAGGUGAAAGUGCAUCAUUCUCUCUUCCCAGUUUGUGGGACUCAUGAGAACUAGUAUUUAAUUGAAAUGAUAAUAAUAAUAACCAUUAUGAUUACAGCCAAAUGCUUUGAGGCUGGCAUUGGCUGAAAAUUCACUUGGUGAA